GCUAGUCAAGAAAUAGGAAUAGAUUGUGGAAGUUUCCGUUGUACACACAAGAAAGACACCAUCCCAUUCCACCUCGUUAAGCAAAACCUCAGAAAUCAAAUCAAAGUGUUUACGUUGUCUCGUUCGCUCAUUCCCUCUCGCUUUCUCAAUUCUCUCUGUGAUUCCCUCACAAAACCAGUAACCUCCACAUUCAAUUUCCGUUUCCAUUCCAUCACGAUUCACGAACAAGAACAACGAUGAAGAGAGUCUUCGGUGUCAAGAAGAACAAGGAACCCCCUCCUUCCGUCGCCGAUGCCUCCGAUAGGAUUACGAAACGAGGUGAUUCGGUGGAGGAGAAGAUUAAGAAGCUUGAUGCUGAACUUACUAGAUACAAAGAACAGAUCAAGAAAACUAGACCUGGUCCUGCCCAGGAAGCUGUUAAAGCUAGAGCCAUGAGAGUUCUUAAGCAAAAACGAAUGUAUGAAGGCCAACGUGAUAUGCUGUAUAAUCAGACAUUCAAUCUUGAUCAAGUUCAAUUUGCUGCUGAGGGGAUUAAAGAUGCUCAACAAACUAUGACAGCUUUGAAGUCUGCCAAUAAGGAAUUGAAGGGAAUGAUGAAAACUGUGAAGAUCCAAGACAUUGAUAACUUGCAAGAUGAGAUGAUGGACCUGAUGGAUGUAAGUAAUGAAAUCCAAGAGACUUUGGGUAGAAGCUACAAUGUGCCUGAUGACAUUGACGAGGAUGAACUUAUGGGUGAGCUUGAUGCCUUGGAAUUAGACAUGGGGAAUGAGACUGAAGCUGAUGGAGUCCCCUCGUACCUCCAACCUGAUAAAGAACCUGAUUUGGACGCAGAGCUUAACUUACCUUCAGCUCCAACAGGACAAACAGCAGAUCCACAUGGCAGAUUUAAUGCUCAGACUGAGGAUGAGUUGGGUUUACCUGCUGUCCCUCGGGCGUCCCUGCGCGGUUAGAUCUUGAUGUCACUGGCAUAGCUGGUGCAGACACGAGCAAGGCCCUGUAAAGAUGUGCAGAACUUGAAAACAUUGAUUAAUACAGUGAUUAAAUUGGUCUGGUGUUGGCAUUAUUUGACCAAGUACAUUUUUCCUCCUUGUCCCAUAUUUGAUAUUUGUAUGAAAACGCUAUGUCACGGGAAAAAAAGGAAAAGUAUUACUGUUUGGCAAAAAGCUUUGGUAAGUUGUGUUUAGAGGAAUACUCCUUCAUUAUUCCAA